AUCAGUCAAAAGUAAAAUUUCAAACGAAAGCACUUUAGAGAUUAAAUAUUCAUUCGUUCCUUCACACAAGACAAAUUAAGGCAAACAUGUUAAAGUUUAUAGUUCUUUUAAUUUGUGUAUUUUCAAUUGCUCUGGCAUGUAGACCAUAUGAUGGACAGACAGGAGUUGGAUAUAUAACAGUAUGUAAAACAUCAGGGCAGUGCUUUACAGUAGACAGUACAAGAAGAACUUGUAUCAAUUUUAUCGGAGGUCCAUUCCAUUCAGGCAAUUCUGGACGAAACACAUAUCAUUGCAAAGUAUUUAGUCAACAAGGUUGUAGAGGUUCAACACAUGCAGUUGGUAGCUCUAGAAGUAGAUUUCCAUGGCAGGCAAAAAGUUAUUCAUGUCCUUGGAAGUGUUGAUUGUGGACAAUAUUUUACUGUUGCUUUUAAUUGUUCAUUUUGUU